GGAGAGACCGUGGGAGAGAGGCCGUGGGAGAGAGGCCGUGGGGGAGAGGCCGUGGGCGAGAGACCGUGGGGGAGAGACCGUGGGAGAGAGACCGUGGCCGAGAAGACCCGAAGCUUUGUGUGGAGCAACAGACCAGGUAGCUUCCACACAGCGUUGCACAGCCGAUGAGAAAAUAAUGCCACUCGACUGAUUCGAAGUGAGACCACUGCCCAGUGCCGAACACGGGGACACGAUGAGCGCCAGCGCGGAAGCGGAGGGGACAAGGAUCUGCUGCCCGGUGUGCAACUGGGUGGUGGUCAGCCCGCAGGCACUGGAGGACCACUUGAAGCGGCACGGAGGGCGCACCGAGCCCAUCUUGUACCAGUGCACCCUGUGCCCGUACAAGACCGACAAGCCCUUCGUCCUCAUCAGCCACCAGAAGACGCACGUCGGUGAGAAGCCCUACAAGUGCCGCACGUGCGGGGAGGCCUUCGCCGAGCCGGAGGACUUCCGCGUCCACCAGCGCCUCCACGUGGAGGAGAGGCCUCACCGGUGCCCUGUGUGCAGGAAGGGGUUCGCCCAGGCCGAGGCCCUCGCGACGCACCAGAGGGUGCACGCCGGCGAGAAGCCGUACCGCUGCGACGUGUGCGGCAUGGGCUUCACCCGCGUCGACCACUUCCGCGGCCACCAGAUGAUCCAUACGGGCGAGAACGCCUACCAGUGCUCCGUGUGCGGCGCCACCUUCGGCCGCGCCGAGCACCUGCGCAGCCACAACAGGACGCACACGGGCGAGCGACCGUACGCGUGCGCCGAGUGCGGCAAGGCGUUCGCCAACUCGGGCACGCUGUCGGCGCACCGGCGGACGCACACGGGCGAGCGGCCGUACGCGUGCGGUGAGUGUGGCAAGGCGUUCGCGCAGUCGGGUGGACUCCUGGCUCACCGGGAGACCCACGCCAGGGCGAGGGCCCGCGCGUGCCCCACCUGCGGGAGGGCGGCGCCAGGGCGCUCCGCGCUGGCCCGGCGCCGGGGCGGGAAGGGGCGCCGGAGUUGCGUGGCCUGUGGAAGGACGAUCGCCCGAGGGGCAGCGAAGACGGAGGCGGCGGUGGCGGCGUUGGCAGCAGGGAUUCGGGGAGGACAAGCGGCCGUUGCCGGUGACGCGGACGAUGGCGGUGACGAUGGCGGUGAUGACGGCGGAGACGGUGACGACGGCGGUGGCGACAACGGCGGCGGUGACAACGGCGGCAGCGGUGAUGACGGCGGUGGUGACGACGAUGACUACGAUGGCGGCGGCGGCGGCGGAUGUCGGUCUGUGGCCCCUUUCACGUCGGAGAGGGGACACGGCGACGCUGCCGGUCACGAGACAUGGCCAGGCGUGCCUGCGGAUGGAGAUGGAGGGGAUCCUUCCCUACGCCCAUCAGUGGCGCAGCGGGGGGUCGCCGCCGGGCUCUCGUCUUCGAGCAUCACCUCGAUCUCCCCGGGACGACUCGCCCCUCGGCCCCGCCGGUUCGGAGGAGCCGUCCCCUGCUCGCACGGCGGCGGUGCAGCGCCGGAGUCGUCAUUGCAACCUUGGCCGCGGCGGGAGCGACGGCCGCGCCUCUCCCUGGCGUGGACCCUCUGGUGGACGAGGAGGGCCCCCGACUGUUUGAACGCCUUCCCGCACACGGCGCACGUGUAUGGCCUCUCCCUCGUGUGCACCCUCUUAUGCACGCGGAGGGCGCCCGACUCUGCGAAGGCCUUCCCGCAUGCGCCGCACUCGUAUGGCCGCUCCCGCGUGUGGAUCCUCUGGUGGACGAGGAGGGAGCCCGACUGCGUGAACGCCUUGCCGCACACAUCGCACCCGGCGCCCGACUCGGCGAAGGCCUUGCCGCACGUUGUGCACGCGUACGGCCUCUCGCCCGUGUGGCCGCCCGGGUGCGUGAACGUCUUGCCGCACACGUCGCACCUGUACGGCUUCUCGCCCGUGUGGAUCCUCGUGUGCUCCGCCCGCGUGAAGUCCAUGCCGCAGACGCUGCACCGCGUGACCGGCUUGUCCGUCUCGUACGGGCACAGGGGGCACCGGUACAGCACGGGCGCCGUGCGGCCCCUGUGGCGCUUCAUGUGGUCGUCGAGGGCGGGCCAGCAGCGCCACAUCGACGUCACUCCCGAGGUGCGCGCUCCUCUCCGCCAGCGGGUCUAUUUCCGCAAACGAAAGACGGCCGCCUGGAACAUCGCGAAGCACUCAGACAGCGCCCGCAUCGUCAUCCGGCACCUUGGCGGCGGCGUCGUCAAUUCUUCCUCUCCUUCCUCUUCCUCUCCUUUCUCUCCCUCCUCUUCCUCCUCGUCAUCCUCCUCCACCGACGGCUCCUCCUCGGGAGUCUCCGUGCAGCUAAUCGAUCAGUUCCUCGCGCUCCGCCUCGGUGAGCUCGCGCGCGUGCGACUCCAGCAGGCGCUCCACAUCGCGCGCCUCCACGUCGGCGAAGCCCUUGCCACUGACGCUCUGCGCCAGCCCCACGAUUUUCCUCACCUCGUCGGCGACGCUCGCCGCGGCGUCCCGCGCCAGCGCAUCGACGAGCCCCUCCAGGGUCUACCGGGCGUAGCACACCCGGAGCCGCGCGAUCGCCCCCCGCUCCGGCGGCUCCAGGAGCGGCGCGGUGUUGGGCGGCAGGAAGACGACGACGAUGCCCCGGUGGGCGAAGCGGACGCCGCCCGGGCGCGCCGGCGAGCGGCCGAGCAGCAGCAGGGCCCCGAAGGGCAGCCCCGGCAACCUGAGGUAGCCGCGCGCCUCGGGCACAAAGCGGCGGCGGAGCCACUCGGCGAAGACGCACGGCGUGACCCGCGCCCGCGCGUUGGCCCGCCGCAGGACGAGCGGCCUCGCCACGAAGUCGCCCGACGCGUUCGCGCGCCCGGGCACGCGUUUCCAGCAGAGGGCCGCCUCGGCCGCGCAGAAGAUCUGCUGGGGCGCGUAGCCGCCCGCGCAGACGAUGCCGUCAAGGAGAGUGCGAAACGCGGCGGCGCGGUCCACCGACUGAGACUCGCCGUCAAGGACGACGUUCCGGAGGCCGAACCGCCUCUUGAAGUUCUCGAACCAGCCGCGGCUGGCGCCAAAUCUUCUGGCGGCGGCGGCGCGGCGGCCCACAGAUGCAGCGCUCUCGCCGAGGGCCAGGCGGUCCAGGAGCUGCACCUUCUGCAGGAGGGUCAUGACUCUGCGGGCCCUCUUCUUUGGGUGGUGGGGGUCGCCGUCGUCACCGACGACAUCACGCCGACUCAACUUACGCUUGGCCACCUCGAUUUUUUGACGUCAUCGUACGAAGUCCGACGCCGCGGGAACAGAGGUGACGAGCAAAGGAAAAUGGGUGAAGAAGAAGGAGAGGAAGUGAAGCGGAUCUGCUGCCCGGUCUGCAACUGGGUGGUGGUCAGCCUGCCCGCCCUGGAGGACCACAUGAAGCGGCACGCGGGCCGCACCGAACCCGUCGUGUACCAGUGCCCCCACUGCCCGUACAGCACGGACAAUCUCAACGUCCUGAUCGCCCACCAGGCGACGCACGACGCGGGGGAGUCCCACAAGUGCGCCGAGUGCGGCAAGGUGUUCGUCGACGCGGAUGUCUUCCGCGAGCACCAGGCGAUGCACGACGAGGAGAAGCCGCACAAGUGCACCGCGUGCGGAGAGGCGUUCGCCCAGCCGGAGAGCCUUCUCGCGCACCAGAGGUGUCACGCGCGGGAGGCCCACUAUCAGUGCACCGAUUGCGGGAUGGAGUUCACCCGGUCGGAUUGCCUCCGCAGCCACCAGAGGACCCACACGGGCGAGAAGCCCUACCGGUGCGACGAGUGCGGCGUGACGUUCGCCUGGUCGGCGAGCCUCCUGUCGCACAAGAGGAUCCACACGGGGGAGAAGCUCUACCACUGCACCGUCUGCGGCAUGGAGUUUUCCCGCUCGGACUACCUGCGCAGCCACCAGCGGACGCACACGGGCGAGAAGCCGUACAAGUGCGCCGAGUGCGGCGACGCGUUCUCGCAGUCGGGCGCUCUGCUCGCGCACAAGAGGAUCCACACGGGCGAGAAGCCGUACGCGUGCACCGAGUGCGGCAAGGCGUUCGCGCGCUCGGGAGCCCUCCUCACGCACACGAGGACCCACAUGGAGGAGAAGCCGUACAAGUGCACCGUGUGCGAAAAGUCGUUCACCCGCUCGCAGUACCUUCGGAACCACCAGAGGACGCACACGGGCGAGAGGCCGUACGUGUGCGCCGUGUGCGGCAAGGAUUUCAAAGAGCCAGUGACCCUGCGCAAGCACCACAGGAUCCACACGGGCGAGAAACCGUAUGCGUGCGCCGUGUGCGGGGACGCGUUCGCGUGGGCAGGAGCCCUUCGCACGCACAAAAUGGUGCACACGGGCGAGAAGCCGUACGUGUGCGCCGUGUGCGGCAAGGCGUUCCAGCGGUCGGGAGCCCUCAAUACGCACAGGAGGAGCCACGCGAAGGAAAAGCCAUGAAAGUGAAGCACGCGUGUGGACGUACGCCCAGGUCACGGUGCUUGUCAAGUACCCGAUGGCAUCCAGACCGGGUUCCGUUACGCUAAAACGGAAAUCUUAAAUGCAAAAUUGAACCCAAUAAAACGUGCGCUCUUCUGAAUGCGUUCAACUCGCGUUCACCCGCCAAGAUUGAUGUUAAUCACGGACAUGUAAGAAGAAGGAAACCUGAGGAAAAGGGUGAAAAAGCGGAGGGGAAUACUGAGAUGUCUAAAAGAGAGACAUCUCUGGGGUGAAGAGGAUGAGAAAAAGACGAUGAGAGUGCUCCACACUCACUGAAGCCGUAGCAGGUGUGGGUGAGCCAGGUGCCACGGUGGCGAGAUGUUAACUACCUCGCCUGGUGUACAGUAGGUCGUGGGUUCGAUCCCAACCCUAACGCCUGCUGUAUAUUUGGAGUUUGCGUGUUCUCCCCGUGGUUCCGUGGAUUUUUUUUUCCCCCCCACGUUUAGAAAGACGCGUUUAAGAGUCUUUGGCUGCUGCUACAAAUUGACACCUGAUGAGCCACUUCGUUGGGCUGUCAUUUGUGGUCAGGUCACUUCUGAAAGACAGCGGGUACAGCUCAGUGGGCCUUACCUGGUAAAAUAAACAAAAGUUUUAGUUUUUUUGUUGAAUGGAUGUUAGGCAAACCAGGCGUGAGGUCGCUCCUUGAACAGGAUGGGGAGAAUUGACCUGACGGUCGAGGCCAGAACCCCGGGGCCGUGCUGCUUGGUACUCCAUGGGGUCGAGUCCUGCUGGUCCCGGUACUUAAUUCUUCGCCCCAUGCAGGGCCAUCCCCCAUUGUUCACAGCUCCCCAUCAUCUUCAUCACCGCAUCAUCACGCGGCGCUUUCAGAUGCGCUUCUGUGGCCGUCUGGAACGUUUCUUCCUUCUGAUAUUAGGAAGCCACUGGAGCUAUGCACUUUUAAAUCAUGUAGAUUGACACACUAAUUUCUUUAUAACUGAUGUUUGUCUUCAGUUUGUUGCCCUUCCCUCGCACCUCCGAUGAACACGGUCGGCUACGCACGGCGCGAAAGAAGUUCAACAUACAGGACAUGCAUCAUCAUCAUCGUGAAAUCUCGCCCUUCUAUUCGCCACUCACACGGUUAACUAGUUCCGUGACGUCUUGUAACGUGUAAAGCAUGCGCCGAUACUUGGCGUUAGCAUCGCGACCUAUGUGACCGCGGAUUGCAACACAGAUCUUUACCGCCGCAGCCUGGCAGCUUAUUUGGCCCUCGCUGCUGAAAUAAAUCAAAUCCAUCGAUAGCUCCAGUGGUUUCUUACAGCGUUGGAAUACGUUGGCCACGUAAAGAUCCCGAUUGUUCGGACGUUAGAACAAGGAGAUGUCUACAUGGUCAUUCACAGCGAAGGAGGAGGCGGGAUCCACUGAUUUAGAUUCCGGCCACAGAACCACCGGUCGUCGGAAUUGAAAAAACUGCCUGCAGUCAUCAAAGCAUCAAAAUGAUGAGACGGCACAACGUAGGAUCAAAAUCAUCAUCUUAAAUAAAUAAAUCAACCCCUGGGCCAAGGUUAUGGUUAAGAUUAUGGCCCAUUGGCCAACACAGACUGCUGUAUGUGUCUAUGUGGGGAGCGGUGGUGCAACGGUGAGCGCGCCGCGCUGCGUAGCCCGGCGACCCGAGUUUAAUUCCCGCUCACGGCCAACACCACUGACGAUUAUCUAAAACGGUCCUGGGACUUCCCCUAGGUCGACUCAGCCUCAAAACGAGUACCUGAUGUGGUGUGUAACCCACCCCCUCGUGUGCCGUGCCGGCCUUCAUAGGUGCUCGCUAACAGCACUUGCCCCAACAGUCUGUUAAGGCUAUAUUGGGGAUCUUUCUGUAGUAAGUAAGCCUGAGCAUUUCUUAUCGUACACUCUUACGAGUCUAGUCCGUCAUGAACAUGCACUAAUCGGACGUAGUAAGCUCUUUGGAAUGACGCCGUUUUAAGUCUCUUGCAAAAACGUACUCAGGCUCUGGGAUGGAUCUUGAACGUGAGCUGGUAACCCGUUUGGGGUCUUGGGGCCGGAGACCCCGAAACUGCGCUGGCCGCAUCGGUGCACCACGAGGUUCACGCGCGGCGGGUACAGCGGAUUGCCUUGGGCUGCGGAUACUGGAUGGAUUUUGGUCUGUUGAGACCGUCACGCGUCGAUCGCCAAGAGAAGGAUGGAGCGGAUAUACACAGGCUCUUGUAGACAGGCCGGCGCAGUUCGUACGCGGUCCUGUGUUAUACAGGUAGCCAGUGUAGCUCUUUGUCCCAUCAAAGUCGUAAUCGGAUCAAAUGUUCCGCUUCAGAACUAUCAGAUGAGCUGACCUGAGCAGACGGAGGUGCGCCUGCGCUUGGCACAUCCGAAGAUUCCAUUGUGUGUCGUCCGCGCGACCGACGAUAAAACGCGCGGAUGAGCAUGCCAGCUGCCUCGCCAGUCGGCGCACAUAACAGGCGGCGGUGCAGUUGACGAAACCGACAGAAGCACCGUCCGGUGAAGUGCCUGAUGUGAGUGGCAGAUGUCAACUCGCUGUCGACAAGAAUGCCGAGGCACUGUUGCCUUGUCCGGCACUCGAAUGUCCCGGUAAUUUUUUCUUGCGAGCUGACGGCGGGUCCCGAGUGUGAUAAAUUCGUCUUUUGUUCCCGUUCAACUUCGGACGGUUCGACGUCGGCACAUGACAUGAAGCGCCUAACGUGAGAGACACGCAAAUUGGUUUCCAAGCGGAUGAAGAACUUUACAUCAUCGGCACAUGGAAUGCAUGCCGAUAUGACGAUGGGCGAUGCGGAUGGCAGUCACCGGUGUAGAGUUGAAAGAACACCGGGCCAAGUCCACUGCCUUGUGGCUCACUGCAUGUCACUGGUGACCUUCUAAACUGGUUUCCAGCAAUUCCUCGAAGACUUAUCAUCUAAGAUGCUGUGAUCGACCAUCUCGAACGCAGCAGGCGGAGCAGCGUGACUUCGCCACAGUCAGCUGCCAUAAACGCAUCGCGCCGACUUGCAGGCUCGGGAUGAGGCUACUUUGUUCAAGAAAAGCCACGCGCCGACAACGCAUCUCCGCUAGUUGUCUUUAAUGCGAGUGUCCGUUCCCAGGAGAUUCGCCACAGAGCUGCACAGCUUACUCGGCUGAGCAGAGCGCUCCGGGAUUCUGCGGCUUCUUUGCGAUGGACUCGGUGCCCAUUCCAUACUUUUGGUGAACAUGCAAACAAUACGUCAGAAUUUCAUGAGCGAUUCCUGUACCCAGUGCCCAUGGUCCCAGAACUGCCUCCUGGCUCUUGCCUGGCCAUCGUUCUACACUCUGGAGAAGAAUCUCCUAGGCCCUGUCCCGGUUCCAUCUGUGGCAAAAAAAAAAAAAACUUUUUGUCUUACUGUACGGUUGUUUUUGGAUGUAUGUUGUAAAGAAAUUAGUUUUCUAUCUUGAUUUAAAAGUUCACAGCUCCAGUGGCUUGCUAAUAUCGGAAGGAGAGCGUUCCAGACGGCCGCAGAAGCGCAUCUGAAAUUACCGUGCGAUGCGGUGACCGCCUUUUGUUCGAUGGCCAGCCAUAAGCCGCCGCUGCGAGGAUGACGGCCGGAGUUCGCGUGAUGAUGGUUUAUGUUCUGGUUUCUGUACAGCAUCUUAACUCGUUCCCAUUUCCGAGACGUCUGCAAGUUGCAGGGUGUGGGGUAGUCCCCAUUCACCACCUAACCUCGGAGCGCAUGAGCGGGCUCGGCGUUAGUUUCAUUUAGAGAGGCGUGGCAGCAGCAGCGCCUCUGUUUGUAUCAAGGCGUCGUUACUCCCCGCGGAGAAUCGUAGCGACACGACCACUGCCACUCCACGGUAGCUGGCGCCAAACCGUGCCACACGCCCUCCCGCAUGGCCUUCAAUUAUCAAAUUCUCACUGAUCCUGCAGUGAUGCCGUACACGUUCGUUAGUGAAUCCUCUUCAUCCCCUGUGGGACGCAAGGCCGCAAUGAGUUCCCCCCACUUCUUCCUGUCCUUGGCAACAUGUCGUGAGCCUCGCCCCCCAAGAGAGGUUGAUUGCUGCCACCAGCUCAUCCUUCACCGUCUCGGGCCAGGUGGUCUCGGGUCUCCCGGGUUUCCUUCUAACCUGGUGGUGUCCAUCUACGGUCGUCAUUUUUUUUGGUAUGUGGGUCCCCUGGUCCAUUCUGAGUUCAUGUCCGAGCCGUUCGAGUCGACGUCUCUAGAUGUCUCGUGUGCGAUAUAUAUUAGGACAACCGGUAUUUUGUUCAGUUUAACACCUAGUAGGCUUUCGCUACCAAUAUCCAUAAUACAGGUUUUUUUGUUGUUAGAUCGUGUAAAUAAGGGUGCUUCAAAAAAAUGUGAACACUUCUGAAAAUUUGCAACAAUACCACAAGAAAUGUGCCUCCGGGCUCUGGAGACCACCUGGAGAAGAUUCCAGGCAUGUUGUUGACAAUGAUGGCGAACGAGUGGAGAUUCUUAGACUUUUGUUAUCGUGUUACAGUGUAUUUUCCGUUCUUUUCCAUUUUAGUGUUAAAAACAUUUUUAAGCACCCUGUAUAUAAAUGUGUCGCUAAACCCGCCACUACCCGACACGGCCAAUUAGUAAGGUUUGUCACUUAAACAGAACGUGGCCAAUUCGUUACUAGUACAGCACCUGUGUGUUGGAGAGCCAAGCCACAACAUUUACAAUCUAAGUACGACGUGUCGCCAGCAAUUACAACAACUAGCUUCAUCGGGCGGCAGACAGAUUUGUGGAGAAGUCCUGUUUCGUUCCUUAAAUAGAGGUGUAAACGUGAUGACAACACUUGUGCGUUAUGCUUGCGCGAAGGGGGGGGGGGGUUCAUGAAUAUAUGACUGGGUAUGCAUUCCCGUUUGGGUUAUAUAUAUAUAUGUUCUUUUGUUCAGUUUAUAUUUUGUUCAUUUCGUUGUCAUGGAUUUUGCUCGGCCAGAAUAAUCCAGCAGGAUUCUCCUGAGGCACCCGUUAUGGAAGCACUCCCCAUCAUCUUCGUGUCGGCCUUGAUGACAACUCUCCGAGCCACACGACCAGCGACGAUUUGGGAUGACGUACGUCAUCGGAAUGGCAAAGGGUUAAGAUGCAGUCGUGUUUGGACACUUAUAGAUGAUCUGAAUAAUUUCGUUGUAAUUCCCAUGAUGUAAUAGUGUUAAUUAUGGAGGUACGAUAUGGGGACUUUGAAUUAGACGGAUUAAGGCUAAGGUAUUUUCUAUGCUAUAUCAAGGCCGAGUGGUUUGAAGCAGUUAUAUUCUCUUGUGAAUGAAUAUCGCUAGGCAGUGACAGUUUUGAAGCUCGCAAAUCGUUCUUGUCACUGCUAUGUCACUGUUGUUUAUUAAGAGACUGACGCGAAGAUAACUUUGUGAACAUAUUUUGGAAUAAAUUCUAAAUCUACGUAUGUUGAACUUCCUUCACACCGUACGUAGCCAACCGUGCCCAUCAGAGGUGCGGGACACGUUCACUCAGACACUGCAGCCUGUACUACUACGAGGUGAUGCACUCCCUAUUGCGGGUUGUUGUAACUGUAGUGAGUCCAACUGAGUUGCAGACGUUAACUUGGGAGCAACACUAUUUAUUCAACACAGCACGAACAUAACACAACCUACGCUCGGGUCUCGAAUGCCCAUCUAACCACGCUAUGGCAUAACUAGACAUGGUUCGCUAUCCUGGUCCGGACCACAAGCUGGGUCCCGGACCGUGUGGCUAGAGGCUUCUCCCCGACGUGGAUCUUCGAACACCAAGACUUGAAGAACCCCGAGCUUCUCACGGAGCUCUCGUUAUAUGCCCCAGGGCUGGGGCUGGCUCCACCCUUAGCCCCGCCCACCUUCCAGGCUCCUCGGGCCCUUUCUCGAAUGUUCCCGAGAGCUCUCCGGGACCACGUGACCACCCCUCGGCCCCCGUCCACUGGUGGCCCCCCUCCAGUAUCGUCCGGUCACGUGACAACAGGUCAGCCAGAGCGUCAUGCCCCAGAGUAACCUUGGCUGGCUGACGCUCACUCUCGUUCCCUCACUGGGAGCCGGCACCGCACACUGCUCGCGGUGUCUUCGCGCUAACCAGCGUUCACCCAACCACCGCUAGUGUUGGUACUGCAGCCCGCAACCCGGGCUGCCCGCAAUGACAACAUUAUCGGCCGUGACUUCGCAAGUCCCAGCACCACACAGUAACAAGUACAGUCACUACAUAACCAUGAGGUCACCUGGUACAAAUUGACUUAGACACUGCAGCCUGUACUACUACAAGGUGAUGCACUCCCUAGGGGCCGUCCAUAAAUGACGUCAUGCACCUGGGGAGGGUCAGACAUUUGUGACGAUGUGUGACCACAAGUAUUUUGGUUCAUGCAGACAUGAUUCCUUGUAAAAGGUUUCAGUUUGGUGUUUUAACAUCCUAACACCUGUUUUGUUACCAGAAAAAAAGGGGAAACCCUAUUCUCGUAAACGAAAUAGUUUAUCAGUUAAAAAGGAAGGUGCGGAUACAGAGACAGCCAAAAAAUUUCGUUUUUUGAUAAGAUUUACUUCAUGGUAUUUGAUACAGUCCAGUAUUACAUGCAAAUGUACGACGUUGCCUCUUAAUUCAACCGUAACACGUUGCACAACACCGACCGUGCAGGCAUUUAAAUAUGGCGCUGUACACGACUUACGAACCGUGCAA